AUUUCAUUCCCGCGCCGAUCUUCGCUGGUGUUUUGAAGGGAAUCGACGAUGUCCGAUACGGAAAGUAGACCAGCUUUACCAGGAAAUGAGGAUAAACCUGCACCUCCUGUAGUCACGCCUGAAGAAAAACCUACUGGAAACGGUGAAAGUCAUUCUGUUGAUGGAGUUGUGAAGCCAAAAAAGGAGGACUCAAAACAAGCAGAAAAAGAAGAAUCUAAACUUGUCGAAAAAGAGGAUUCUAAACAUGUCAAAAAAGAAGAAUCAAAAAAUGGUGCUGAGGAGGAAAUUAAAGAGGCUCCAAUGGAAGUAGAGCAGCCUGCUAAAGAGGAAGUGUCAACCCCUGUAAAAGCAACGCCGACAAAGAAGGAGGAAGCACAUGGUGAUGAUGCUGAGGAGGACAAAGAGAGCAGCAGUGAUGAGGAGCCGCCAUUGGGUUUAUUGGAACGACCUGUAGAGGUAUCGGGAAAGAGAGAGAGAAAAAAAACUGAACGCCUUUCCAUGUCCGGUACCUUCACUCCUACAGACAAAAAAUUAGAAGUACCCGAAGGCUCAGGAAUGAAACUUGGUGAUAUUCCAAGAGUUGAACAUUUCAUCUCAAAAACCAGCUCAGAUGACUGUAAAAUUUUACACAGAACAAUAUAUGGACGUCCCGGAACAGUUUCAAUGGUCAAAAGAAAUUUAAGGAAAUUCUGUGGUUUCACAUUCUCAGAAGAUUCGCCUGAAUUUAACAAGAAAAAAAGUAAUCUUGCAAAGCUCCAAGUGACAGAACUAAAACGGGUGGCGGGAAUUUUGGAUCAAGAGAGGACUGGCAGCAGGGAAGAAAUUGCUGAACGAUGCAUGCAGUUUUUACUCAACCCUAAGGACAGUGGGAAACCUAUACCGCAAAAGAAAACACGAACAAAAGGUGGUGCCAGGAAGGGUAGAAAAAGAAAACGUAAGAGCAAGAAGGGAGAAGGUGAAGGGGAUGAUGAAGACGAUGAUGAUGAAGAUGAUGACGAGGAUGCAGAUAAUGAUGAUGAUGUAUCGGGAGAUAGCAAUAAGGCAGAGAGUGGGGAGGAUGAGGAGGAAGAGAAUUCAGAGGGGUUGUCAGACGGCGAUGAUGACUCCGAUGUAGAAAAGCCAAAAAAGAAAAAGCCACGGUUAGAAUCGCCAAAGAAAAAGAAACCAACAAAAACUGCCACAGCCAAACCCAAGAAGGAGAAAAAAGAAAAGAAGGACAAACCUAAGAAAGAAAAAAAGAAGCCAGCUCCUAAGAAAAAGAAAGCUGCAAGUUCAGGUGAUGAAAGCUCAGAUGAGGAUGAACCCUUAUCGAAAAAAUCAAAGAAAGGACCACCAUCGAAUGAUGAAAUCAGAGACUUGGUGAAAAGCAUACUCGAGGGUGCCAACCUAGAAGAAGUGACAAUGAAAACCGUGUGCAAACAGGUAUACCUGAAAUUCCCCGACUAUGACUUGACGGACCGGAAAGACUUUAUCAAAUCUACUGUUAAACAGUUGAUCUCUUGAAGCACACCAGCAACAACCUCAAAGGAUCUUGUACAUACAUAACUCAACCAACUCUGCCAUGGUAAGGAUCUCGCGGUACGUGCUUUCUCACUCGGAUUGGAGAUGAUUUGAAAAAGUGUCCGAAAUAAAUGUGAUCCCUUCAUGUCCAUCUCUCAUUUCCUCAUCAGCAUGUGUAAAUGUUUUCAUUCUCCAUGAAUUGGCUUCUGUACUAAACUUGAUUCAAUUUUAUCAAGCUGUUGGUGAAGAAAGCCCAUAUAUUUUUUCAUCCAUGAUGUUGGAAAAAUUCUUUUGACCAAUAAAUUGUAUGUGCCUUGUAUUACCAAGAACUAAAUUCUUUGUUCACACUAAAAUCUAACAUGUAAUGUUGGCAUCAACGAGGCUCGACAGACUUUCCGUAUCCUCCCUCUAUCUAUAUUGGAUGAAGUUCAUGCCCUUUUUUUACCAUUUCAAUUUGAAUUGAGAUGUAAAUGAUGUUCAGAUAUCUAUCAACUCUGUUGCUUGAUGUGAAUUAGAACAUACAUUGUAUGAUCAUGUUAAAAUAUGGCAAUAUUUUGUUAUUUGUGACAAAGUCUUUGCAUGCCUUAUCGCAGUACUUUGUAUAGUAGCUUUAGCAGGGGUUUUGGUGACUUUUCUUUGCUAGCCCUUGAUUGCAACACUGAAUACUGGUUUCCUUGACUCAGCCAGUUGGUUGUAAAAGACUCCUUCUCCAAAUCCUUUCCCCUGAUAGUAGACCAUCACCCAUUUUCCUACUCAUUUUGGAGUAUAACAGAUACACAAAGAAAUUCCAUCUAAAUCCCUGCCCAAGUUCAUCAGUUACAACUUAAUUUAUUCAUGUAUAUCAUUAUCAAGUGUCAUAAAAUUAUAAUCAAGGUGUUUUAGUUAUCAGUCACUGCCAUUAUGAAUCAUGAGAGUUAGGUUCAACUUGAAUAGAAUAUAUGUUAUUUAGCUUAAAUGGGUUGGACUCUGUCUGCUCAUGAAUGAAUUAUCAGAAUCAUGAUUCCGUUGUCAAAGGCUGAACUGUCACCACUUCUCUUUUUUGUUGCAUAUUUCCCUAAUUUUCAUCACAUGUCUGUUUUUUGGUCCUUAUACUCCCUACCAUAAAUGUGUAGUGUUGUCUUUUACAGUAGUGCUGCCAAUUUCCAAAGGUGUACAGUUUUGCUUUCUAUUAUUGUACAUGAAAUGUAACGCUAUAUAAUUUGUGUUGUUCAUCGUCCGGCUGACUGUGUUGGUUAGUCGGCCAUAUUGCAUUGUAGCUAUGAGUAGUUGUUGUCUUAUGAUGCCAUGCUGUCAUGCUGUAAAUUCAACAGAUUUUUUAUCUUUUCCUGAUUUUAGAUGGGAUAACUGGUGUUUGAUUUGUUGUUAGCCGUUUCUUGGUUUAUACUCAUUUUCUUAGUUUUUGUGUGUUGCUGAUUUUAAAAAUCCCUGUUCAGUAAUUUUGAGCUGCUUAACAGAUCAGGAAACAACCUUGAUGAUUAUAAUUUUUUUCUUCAAAUCUUGGAUUUGAUGGUCUUUUUGUUCAGUGUUGGUUUGCAUUUUCAGUUGACCAUCACCUUGAAUGAUACGGAUUAUAAAGGAUGAAAUGACAUAUAAAUAGAAAACUUAGAAUCUUUUGGCUGCAUAUUCUAUUGAGAAUUAUAUUGUGUCUUGUGACAGGUUUACAAAAGGCGGAAUGAAAUGAUGUUUUAAAAAUUAAAAUCGAUUGAACAUGCUGUGCUAAACUAAUGAAUGAUGCUGAAAUCCAAUACAUUGUAAGUCAUACACACAGUGAACCGAGAACCUACAAGAGAUUGACUCUUUUGUAAAUAGUACUUUUGACUUUUCACAUAAUUCCAAUGAGUUUUGAAGCAGCUACCAUUAUAUCAUUGCUUUUGAACUUAGAGGUAUGCAUUAUUCUGCAUAAUUUAAUGUCUAAAAGUUAUGAAGGUCAUCCGAUAAGAUGUAAUAGUUUUUAUCCUCCCAUUGUAUACAGAGAUUGAUCUAGAAUAAAAUGAUAUUUUAUACAUAA